UGUAGUGGCGGCUGGGCAGCCCUCAGCAGCGGCUCCUGACGAGGGUGGUGCGGCCGCUGGGCGCGGCGUUUGGGGGUCCUGCGGCCCGUGGCGGCGGCGGCGGCGGCGGCGACGAUCAGGAGGACCCGCACUCCCAGCCGCGGAGUCGCCGCGCGCGCCCCUUCUCCGGCCUCUGGCGGUACCGGGCCCGCGGCUUCCUCCUUCGCAGCCCAGCUUCCCGCGGGCCUCGGCGGCGAGAAGAACCGAGGGCCACCGAGAAGCUCCGCCGGCCGCGACGGUCCCCGUGCCUGCCACCGCGCCCGGCGCGGGCUCCAUGUGAGGGAGGGCCGGGCCUGCCCCCGGCCCGCACCCGACUCCUCGUGCGCCCCUCCGGCCCCCGGCGCCCCGCGGCCUCUCGGACCGGGGGGCGCGGUGACAGGCCGCGCGGGGGCGGAGGGGUGGGCCUGCGGCUCGCUGCGUCUCGGUGGAGCGGCCGGCAAUAAAGAAUGCUGAUGGGAGAACCAUUUCCCUAAUUUUCAGAGAGUUGAACUGGUUGCCAUGAUGGAUGAUCAGCAGGCUUUGAACUCAAUCAUGCAAGAUUUGGCUGUUCUUCAUAAGGCCAGUCGACCAGCAUUAUCCUUACAGGAAACCAGAAAAACAAAAUCUUCCUCACCAAAAAAGCAGAAUGAUGUCCGAGUCAAAUUUGAACACAGAGGAGAAAAAAGAAUCCUUCAGUUCCCCAGACCAGUUAAACUGGAAGAUCUGAGGUCUAAAGCUAAAAUUGCCUUUGGACAGUCUAUGGAUCUACAUUAUACCAAUAAUGAGUUGGUAAUCCCAUUAACUACCCAAGAUGACUUGGACAAAGCUGUGGAACUGCUUGAUCGCAGUAUUCACAUGAAGAGUCUCAAGAUACUACUUGUAAUGAAUGGAAGUACACAGGCUACUAAUUUAGAGCCAUUGCCAUCACUAGAAGAUUUGGAUAACACAGUAUUUGGAGCAGAGAGGAAAAAAAGACUUUCUAUAGUAGGUCCCACUAGUAGAGAUAGAAGCUCCCCUCCCCCUGGAUACAUUCCAGAUGAAUUGCACCAGGUUGCCCGGAAUGGGUCGUUCACCAGUAUCAACAGUGAAGGAGAGUUCAUUCCAGAGAGCAUGGACCAAAUGUUGGACCCAUUAUCUUUAAGCAGCCCUGAAAAUUCUGGCUCAGGAAGUUGUCCAUCACUUGAUAGCCCUUUGGAUGGAGAGAGCUAUCCAAAAUCACGAAUGCCUAGGGCACAGAGCUACCCAGAUAAUCAUCAGGAAUUUUCAGACUACGAUAACCCUAUCUUUGAGAAAUUUGGAAAAGGAGGAACAUAUCCAAGAAGGUAUCAUGUUUCAUAUCACCAUCAAGACUAUAAUGAUGGGCGUAAAACUUUCCCAAGAGCUAGAAGGACCCAGGGAACCAGCUUCCGGUCUCCUGUGAGUUUCAGUCCUACUGACCACUCCUUAAGCACUAGUAGUGGAAGCAGCAUCUUUACCCCAGAGUAUGAUGAGAAUCGAUUAAGAAGAAGGGGAAGUGAUAUAGACAAUCCUACUCUGACUGUCAUGGACAUCAGCCCACCCAGCCGCUCACCUCGUGCUCCAACCAACUGGAGAUUGGGCAAACUGCUUGGCCAGGGAGCUUUUGGCAGAGUCUACCUCUGUUAUGAUGUUGAUACAGGAAGAGAAUUGGCUGUUAAGCAAGUUCAGUUUGACCCAGAUAGCCCUGAAACCAGCAAGGAAGUAAACGCACUUGAGUGUGAAAUUCAGUUGUUGAAAAACUUGCUGCAUGAGCGAAUUGUUCAGUAUUAUGGCUGUUUGAGGGAUCCCCAAGAAAAAACACUUUCCAUAUUUAUGGAAUAUAUGCCAGGGGGUUCAAUUAAGGACCAAUUAAAGGCAUAUGGAGCUCUUACUGAGAACGUGACUAGGAAAUACACCCGUCAGAUUCUGGAGGGUGUCCAUUAUUUGCACAGUAAUAUGAUUGUUCAUAGAGAUAUAAAAGGCGCAAAUAUUCUGCGAGAUUCAACAGGCAACGUCAAACUAGGAGAUUUUGGGGCCAGCAAACGGCUUCAAACCAUCUGUCUUUCGGGGACAGGAAUGAAGUCUGUCACAGGCACACCAUAUUGGAUGAGCCCUGAAGUGAUUAGUGGAGAAGGUUAUGGCAGAAAAGCAGAUAUCUGGAGCGUGGGCUGCACUGUGGUGGAAAUGCUAACUGAAAAACCUCCUUGGGCAGAAUUUGAAGCAAUGGCUGCCAUCUUUAAAAUUGCCACUCAGCCAACGAACCCAAAGCUGCCACCUCACGUCUCAGACUAUACUCGAGAUUUCCUCAAACGGAUCUUUGUAGAGGCCAAACUGAGACCCUCAGCUGAUGAACUUCUAAGGCACAUGUUUGUGCACUAUCACUAGCAGCCAGUAACCUUCCUGUGCCUCUACCCAGCUCCCAUCUAUUCAUUCACCUUCUCUCUGACUGCACUUUUCUUUUUUUACAAAAAAGAGAGAUGGGGAAAAAAAAAGACAAGAGGGAAAGUGUUUCUCUUGAUUCCUGGUUAACCUAAAUUUUUUAUAUUUAAUCUUUUUUUUCCCUUACAAGAACUUGAAACUUCUUUUUUUUUUUAAUUUUUAUAAUGUACUGAUGUGGUUCAGAGAGAUAAAAGCACUUUAGUACAUAGUCACUCUUUUUAGUACAAAAAAUCAUUCAGAAUAUCUAAAGAUUGUAGAGUCUUUCCCUGUGUCACUGACAGAUUGGUGGUAAUGGGGAGACAUGGAAAACAAGGAGAAGAAAGUGAUGUAUAAUUUGUAGUUUUUAGUGAUAGUAUUUAAAAUAGAUUCUUGUUUGUGGGGUUGAGCCCUAAACUUGAGUUUAGGAUAGGUACUCAACUUAAAGAAUAUAGGUUCCUUCUAUGUCUGUAUUCUUUAGAUCCUAACCUCUGUCUACCAGACUUUUUGCUCAGUAGGAAUCUUGAUAGAAAAUAUGAAUCUCUAGGAGGUGUGUUUAUUUGUUAAUCCUAACCAGUAUAAUAAGCAAAUACACUAUAAUAGAUCCAUGUUACUGGAAUCUAUAAACCUUGAGGGAUAGCUUUCUGCUUUAAAAAAAAAAAAAAAGAUACUGUGUUUUAUUUUAAAGCAGAUAUGGGAAGUCAGUAAGCAAAUCCAAAUUAAAAGACAAAAGAAGAUUGCUCUAAUUAAAUGUUUUAGUAGUAGAAGAGACCACAUUUGCCAGUCAACAGAAAUAAUGAAAAGAAGAACUAAAUGUUGUUUUUAGUAUAUUUUAAACUAUGCUUUUUACCUGAAGGGGAAGUCUCAAAAGUAAAGGAAAGGAGAAAUAGUCAAAAUCAUGUAUACUAUAUCUUCCUGUUUCUAGCUCCUGAUUUCCCAUAGGCAAUGUUCUUUAGGAACUAAGAGUUUUACCUGGAGUAUCCAUGUGUUAAAGCUAGUGUCAUGAGAUAAAACCCUUGUUCUUGGGAUCGCAGAAUACUGAAGCACCUCAAAAAACGGUUACCACUUGCAGAUAAUUUUGCUUGGCGUUUGACAAGGCCUGGAGGCAUUUUUUGGUUGUCACAGCUAGGAGGCUGCUAGAGGCAUCUAGUGGGUAGAGGCCAGGGAUGCUGCUGAACAAACUGCAAUGUACAAGGAUAGCACCUCUCCCCCCCACAACAAAGAAUGAUCCUGCCCCAAAUGUUAAAAGUGUCAAGGUUGAGAAACCCUGAUAUAAAUACCAUUCCCAGUUAUAAUCUGAAAAAACACCCAUUUACAAAGCAGGUCCCUUGCAAGAUAAAUUUCAGAGUGAAAGUGAUACAAUGCAUAAUGAGGGCUUUACGGGAGCAGAUACCACUACUUGAAGUCAAGGGUGAGUUAUCUCCACAGACAGCAAGUAGCAAUCCUUUCCUUACCAGCUGCAUAUUGCACCCAAAUCAGUAACUUCCAUUUUAGAAGCAAAAGGAACUUCAACAUGGAGCCUAUUGAACUCAGCCAUCUGUAUGUAUUCUUUCCUCGAAAGUCAAUUCAUAAUUAUGGGAAAAGAAAAGCAUAUCAAAACAAAGUAUUAACUACUUUAUAAGAGGUUAAAAAUAGCGGGUAUUUCUAAUAUAAUGUGUCCACCAAGAGCAAAGACAUUAAGCAGAAAAAAUAUGACUGAUAACAGUAAUUUGGCCUCUUGCAAUUUUUUCAUUGUAUUACAGCAAGUGCUGAGUACUUUAAUUUUAAAGAUCUAGAAAGUAAUACUCUAACUGGAGGCCGUAAAUGUGAUGCCUUUUAUGAAAUUCAUAAGGGACGCGGAUGUUUUAUUUUCUGCCAAAAGUUAUGCUUGUUUAGGAACUUUUUAAAAAUAUCUUGUUUCUGAAGUUAGGUAGAUCUUGGCUUACUGUAUCAACGUCCUAUCUGGCAUUUCCUGCAAGAAUAUCAGAGAAGAAGUGAAAGCACAAUAGACUUGUACAGCUUCUCUCAUACCCUUGUAAUGAAAGGAGCAGCUUGCCAGUAAGAAUAUGAAUUAAUGGCCUCCUCCCCCUGGAAAAUCAACUGCCAGAUCUUGUGUUGUAAACAUAGUCCCCAAGGAUGUGGAUCUAUUAUAAUUUCUUGAUCUUUUAUGAGUGAAGGCAUCUCUUCUACUUGAGCAAGAUCAUGGUAUCUGGACCAGUGGGCUUUCCCUUUGUUCCCUUGUAUUGUGUGGUUGUGAUUUCCUUUUGGCUCAUUUUUGGUCUGUCAGGGUAAUCAGCAGUGCAGAAUAUGAGACAGAUGCUCUUUAGAGAGAAAUCUUGGGAGGCUGUGAAACCCAAAGCAAAAUCGUUUGCUCUUUUCAGUCUUUUUUUUCUUUUCAAAAUGAUAAAGAAAAUAAAAUCACCUGAAAGGAAACUACUACUUUAACACUGCUGCGCAAGACCUCUGUUUUAUAAGAAAAAUAUUAUUAGCUAUGGGAAAGUAUUUCUUUCUGUAAAGAUUUAAAAAUAGACUAAUAGUUUAUAGAGUUAUAUAAAAAUGUGAUGUGAAUUUAUUUCAGACAAGUUAUAAAGGUACCAAAAACCACAAUAAAAGUUUAUAUACAUAUAUAUAUAUGUAUAUAUAUAUAAACUACUAGAACAAAAAAGCUUAAAGUGAGGUGAGGUAUGGAAGACCAAAAGUAAAUUUAAAAGAAAAAUUUGAAAGGAAACACCUCUAUCAGGGGCAGUUAAAUGUAACACUCCAAUUUUUUCUUCCUAAUGUGUGGAUCAACAAAAGAAAUUUGAACUUUUUAAGAUGACUCUAAAUGUGUUUUGUUUUUUAAAUGCACAACUGAUUCUUCUAUAUUGUAAUGUUUCUUUGCCGAGGCUGAAAAAUGGCCAGACUGCUAACUUUGUGCCUUUAAAAUGCAUUCUGCUUUGAUAGUGGCAGACUUUUUGGUGCUGGAGAAGAUUCACUAGCAGUCUUAUGUGCUUUUCAGGAAAUAGCUUUCUACUUAGGCCUUGAGAGAUUCAAAAUGGCAUGACUUAGGCUUGGACCAAAUUUAAGAUCUUUUAACAUUGCAGACAUGGUAUGUUGAAUAAAAGGGUUGAAAGAUACCAUCAUAUUGACUAAUGGAAAUUUCGAUGGUAAUUCUUUAAGAUGCAUUUAAAAGUAUACAGACUUUGAAAUUUUCAGUAUGACUAUCUUGAAGGUUUUUUCAAUUUUCCUCAUUUACAAAACAUGUUUCUAACCUGAAAAAUGGUUAAAGACCACUGCCUUAGAAAGUUUUCAAAGGCACAGUCCAUCUUACAUAAUUUAUAUAAAUAGAGAUUGAAAUGUUAGUGCACAGGCUGAACUGUAAAAGAAAAAUUAAAACUUAUUUCAUAGUAAAUUGAAUUGGCUUUCACUUGAGGGAGUCUUAUUCUUAAUAGAGCUACAUUAAAAAGGUGAAAUUAUUUCUUUAGAGUAGCUUUCUUUGCUACUUCAGCUCUUAGGUAUAUCAGGUUGGUUUGUAGUUCUAAGAUACAUGAAAUCACUAAGAAAGUCAAAUCUGAAUCAUUUAUAGGAAUGACCAAGCUUGAGUGCCAAAGCCAAACAUGUUCACCAGAUGCAAACUCCUUGGCCUACAGCAGAGUUCUUUGUCAAUGAUUUCAUUUGGGGUCUAGUGACCAAGAGCUUGAUAUAAAAUCACCUGGUGUUAACCAAGUAUAGGGAUCUAUCAAUUUUUUUUUAAUAAGAUGAAUUUUUUUCAUUUGCUCAUUCAAUAUUGUGGCUUACUGUGUCCAUUUCUAAAUUAACUUAUCCUUAAUGAUAUCACAAUCUAGGAGGAAAAAUGGGCAAACAGAUAGUUAACUUGUUUUUAUGGCACAUUCUAACCUUGAAAGUUCAGCCAUAAUAUUUUAAAAUGUUAUUUCUUAUGAAGAGAGAGGAAAACAAUGUUGGGUAACCAUUGGCUAUUGUAAACUAAAAUAUCAUGAACAACAGAGAUUGAAAAUAUCCCCAAAUUGGAGGGAUCCCCAUAGGUCAGGCAGCCUCUCUCUCAGGACCCCUCUUCAAAACCCAGCCUGUGCUCAAGUAGUUCCAGUGAUGGGGAGCAUUUAUUCCAUAACGUAAUAUUUUUUCUUGUUUUUUCUUUCGGGCUAAGUUGUUAAAAUACCCAAAACAUUUGAUAGAAAUUGAAUUCUUUCAACAGUAUUAUUUAUACUAAGAUCAGGAAAAUAUCUUGAGACCUUACUACUUUAUAUGAAGUUUGGCCUUUGUUACAAAUGUAAUGUUCAUAUUUAUUUGGAUUUUAAGAUUGGUUAAAAUGUCAAUGAAAAGCAAUUUAAUUGUUAAUUUUUGGUAGUGCCUUUUUCUCUGUAUGCCUUAAUUUUGUUUUAUAUCAAUAAUAAUUCAAGUUACCCACCGAAAUGAAGGUUUUUCCAAAAUCAGUAGGCUUCAAGAGUCAUUUAGCCUUAGACUGUGUUUUGGCCCUUAAACAUUUCUUAAUGCCUGCUUCUUCCACCUACCCCUUUCUACCUCUUUUUUUUUUUUUUUUAAUAUGUUAGAAACAUUAGCAUUAGUCUGUGAUAGUCACACUGCAGUUUUACUUGAUGCGAAUUCCUAAGACAAGGAGAGAAAGAGGUAUUCUAAUUCUAAUGUGACGUAGUGAAUUGUUUUCCAGGUUGAUUACUUGAUUUUCAAUCACAUUGGCACUGUCCAAAUUCUUUAUAUAUUAUGUAUAUAUAAAGUAUAUAUCAUGAUUCAGUUAUAAUUUUCAAAGCAGAGCAAGAAUGGUGGGUUUUGCCCUAAAGAGGUCCCGUUUGAAUGGUUUACAAAUGUUAAGGCAAUGAGACCUAGGGCAAUGAGCAAGAAAUCCAGGGAUAGCAAAUUCUAAUCCUUACUUUUAACUAACAUUUUGACUAAAACCUAGUUUCCUUUUCUGUGAAGUGUGUGUAUGUGGAGUUGGGGCAGGGGUGGGAAGGAAGGAAAGGUAUGACUGUCCAGUUAGAUUAGUCUGCUCUUGGAAGAACAACUCAAAAAUAGGUGACCUCCUGGUGACAGGCGAGUGUAAUCGUCCUCAGGUAGGAGCACCAGCACAUUUUCCACAAAUAGCUAGUACAGACGAUUGUUCAGUAAAGGUAUUUGUUGUAAAUUGCCAAGCUCUUGGUUGCUAAAGUAGAUUAAAGUUGAAUUUGUAUGUGUGUAUAAUAGCUUAUAUAUAAUUCUUAAAUAGAAAGUAAUUGGUUUUGCAUAGUUCUUCAUGAGCUCUUUUGGAAUAGAAAUUCUGCCAGACAUUAUCAAAAUAAGCUUCCUUAGCUUAACAGGCGUUUAAAAGGAAAUUGUUUCAUACCUCUUUUUGUUGGCUAGGGAAGGCGUGCUGUGAAGCCAGUGUUCCUCCUUUACAGUCGUCUUUAGCUCUGCUUUGACUUCUGCCACAGUCUGGACAGGAUGCUGUGGCAGGUAUGGAAGUACCUGGGCCAACCAUCUCUCUGCACUCAUCUGUCAGAGCUGAGGGCACAGUGAGCCCUCAGGUGGGUCCAGAGAAUCUUCUUGGUUAUAGUGAGGACAUGGUCCAGUUUCAGAGAGUGGAGGGAGGAGUCAGAGCUAUAGUCAAGAAAAGAAUAAAUGUUAUCUGUUGCCUGUAUACAGUCUCUUAUGUAAUUCCUCAUGUUUUUCAUAACUGUGCAUUUUAAUUGACAGUAAUGAUAUUUUUGUUAACAGCAAAGGCAUUAAAUCAAUGAGUACUAUUAUUCUCUAUGCCUGAUGAUGUCUUGUUUGUAUUUACAAUUUGUAUUAUCAGAAUCACCUUAAACCAAAGCUUUAUAUUGUCUGCACACAUAGCCAAAAUGAUUAGCACUGUUACUUCUGCCCACCUGUAAGCUAGUAGUAUAAAAAUGAUAAAGCAGGUACUAGUAGAAUUUGUGUAUCAGUCUAGCCUUCAAGUUAAAGGACAGGUGCUCAGUGUUUGCAUUAAGACAUGCAGAAUUUACUUCGACUAUUAUGGAACUAUGUGGACAUUGCAAACUUGAGCUUGUACAUGUGCCAAUCUUACUAAUGCCACUUGACCACAGAGGCAUACACAUAUACAUCCACAUGGCAUGCCUCAGGUUGGUGGCAGUCUUUCUUCCUGGUGUCUUAACAUUUAUGAACUUGUGUUUGACUUGAGGGUCACUUCAGGAAAGCUGUGAAGAAAAGUAGGUUAUGGAUUUUUUUGUACCAUAGAAAUUUUGGAACAUAAGGAAGAGUACAGAAUUUGUUCCCCAUUAGGAUUUCUGAGUCCUUUUAAAGCCAGUAAAGUUUGUGACUAUACUGAAAAGCACUUUUGUGUUCUCUUACAUAACUAUUGGUGAUUUUAGCAUUAGUAUUACUUGGAGAGGAGAGAUAAGUAACAAAAUUAUAUCUUAACUCUAUUAGAUCCUUAGGCUCCAAAAUGGACUUGUCAUAUUCUCAUUUUUUCCAAAGAUUUUUUUCCACCUGGAAUAAGAAAAAACUGGUGGAAACAUUUGAGCUGGAAAGAUUUAUGGGCAAAAGAAAAUAGGCCAAACCCUUGCAAUAUACCCUGUUCAAGUUAAAGUACAGUGUCUGAGAAUAAGAAUACUUCUUUAAAAACAAGUGGUUUUAAUACAAUCUUAAUUAGUAAGUAAAGGUUUACAUUUUUUCUAUUGCUAUUGGUUUUAAAAUUUGCUACCCUACAUUCUGAAAUAUUAUAAAAGUUAAUACCAAAAAAUACUUUUAAUGUCUGACAUCUCUUACAUUUCACAUGGUUCUUUUUAUUCAAACAUCACUGUAAAUAAAAGUAAACUUGGAUAAAUCUGAGAAUAAACUUUUAAUGUUGCAAACUAUGAUUAUCAAUUUGUAAAUUUACCCUUUGACCUAAUGUACAUUUUUAAUGUAGCCAUUAAAUUCUCUAUAUUUAAUCUGUUAGUUUCUCUCUGUAAACGUUUUUAAUCUCAUUUGAAUGCUGGGCAGUUUAUAAUUAUGUACAAAGGUGUUCUUUUCCUAUCCAGGUUGACUUUUUUGCACAUUUUUGGAAAUGUUUAUUUGUACACUGAUUUACUACUCUGACAGUCAUCGUUGAUGGGUGUGUGAGCAUCGUGAAUGCGGAUGCGUGCAUUGAACUACUGUCUGUCUCUGUGUUUAAACUUCUUUUAAGAUGUAACCGUCAGUAACUGCACUGCUAUUACUGACUUAAAUGGACACUCUUGCUUUUACAAAGUAUACUUAUCUAUGGUUCUAUCUUUGUUGAAGAACUCAGGAGUUCAACAUCACUUUCUGAUUUUGUAUGCUUUCUAAAAUCCAUGACUAAGUUGAAAGUAUGCUUGUACUCUGUGUGUCAGGGGAUGUGUGUGUGUGGAAAUGUCUUUUUCUGUCUGUAGGCACAUGUAUAUAUCCCAGUAAUUUCUUAUUUUCAUUUCUACAUUUUUAUGAACUUGUUUUAUAAAGGUACUGUUUAGUUAGAAUAAUUAAAUAUAUAUAAAGCUUUCUGAGAGAUUAUUUACUAUAUGAAUAUAUUUUCAGCUGGCUGAUCAAAAGUAUUUUUUUAAUUUUGUUUUUAACCAUUCAAAAUGUAUUUGUAUUUCCACAAUUGGAUGCAGAUUUACUUAAAUAUCUACCAAUAAAAACACUCUUGCAAAGAAGAACAUUGAAUUCUCUUUGAGAAUUCUGCAAAAUGCAAAUUAAGAGGGGAAAAAAGGUUUUAAGCAGAAGCAAAAACACUGUUCACUAAAACAGCCUUUGAAUUCUCAGAGCUAUGAAAAAAUGAGAAAUUAAAUUAUCUUGAAGAGAUGUCAAGGUUUUUAUAUCACCAGUUGCUGUUGGCCUGUCCUACGUUGUUUUUUAAUAUUUCCUUUAUUCUACCCCAAAGAUUUCAACAUUUAGUUCUCUCACUGGGCAAGGCCAUACCUCAUUUAUAAAAUAUAUCGACAUAUUGUGAUUCUCUGUAAUUGACUAUAAAUCAGUUUAAAAAUGUCCAAACAUACAUUGUUGUGUCUUUAUACUGUACUGUGUGUUUUAAGUAACUGGCAGAAAAAGAAUUGGGAAUUAAAUUUCCAGUCAGACAAUGUGAGAAAAAAAUAAGAAAAAUCUUUUGUUUUUAAUAUGCGGUACCACGUGAAAUGACUUAAUGUUAGGAAUAAAGUCCACUGUUGAAGUCGAAUGUCACUAAGCUUAUUGUGUUAUAAGGAGGCGGUAUGAUUAGAAAAACCUACCAGAAGCCAGAUACAGUGUGGUAUGUGCCACAUUUCAUGCACAUUUUGACUUUGUGUUCUUUCACAAUUGUGCUUGUAAAAAUGUAUAAAAUUUCUGAGUUUUACAAGUUUUUAUGUACUUGUUUUUUCUUGCUGGUAAAUAGCUUUUUUUUUUAAACCAAUGUGAAAGAGACCAUGUUUAUAUUUUGUUAGUGACCAAUGACUUUGUUUAUAUGGAAAUUUGUAUAUUGUUGGCACACAUCUCUGUUUAGAUUUAUCGUGCAUGAAGGCCUGCAAUAAUUAGCACAACAAAAACUGCUUUUUCUUACAUGUUCAUUUUUUGAAAGAUUGUGGUGCAAAGGCUUACUCUGAGUAACCUUCUGGACUAUGGAAUGAAUAUAAAUGAAUGGCACUUUGAGCGUUAAUAAAGCUGAUAUUUAUUUCCACUGUGA